AUGGCUGCAAACACAUAGCAACAGAUACACAACGAAUAAAAAACCCGUUUUAAACUGACACAGUAUAAAAAUGAGUUCCAGCGGAGAGGAAGAAGAAACCGGACCAACUGUUGACGCAGUUGACCCGGAAGAGAGAAUUGCAGCCCGUAGAAUAAGGAUUCAGAAACGGGUUGAAGCUGCGCGGAGAGCUGCCUUGGGUGAAGACCCAAAUGAAAAGAAAGAGAUUAAAGAAGAACUGACUAAGAGCAGAAAGCAGAUAGAGGAGAGUCGACUUCGCCUGACGAAGCUUAAGCAGGAUGGGUUUGAUCUGGUCACUAACAUCAGAGUGGCGGGCGAUGCCCGGGAAGCCAUGAGGAGAAAUGAAGAAGAGGAUGCUAAAAGACAGAGGAAAGAUAAACUUGAACAGGAAGCAAAAUCGGGAGCAGAAAGAUUUGAAGAGAUCACAAAGAAAUGGGAACAAGCAUUGCAGCACUCAAUUCCUCAAUCACUUCAUGAGAUGUUGAUGACUCAGAAAACGUCCUGUGAUGCGAUGAUCGAUGAGAAGAACAAACUGAUCAACGAUUUCCAACAGGAACUGAAAAGCAAGGAUGACCAGUAUGUGAAAGAUCUGAAAAAACAGGCUGAUGAUGUGGAUCUCAUGAUUGAGCGUAUGGAAGAACAGAUUAAAAAUCUCACUAAGGCUCUGCGGGAAGAGAUGAAAGAAAUUGAGAUGGCAUUUGUGGCAGAGAGAAACGACUCACUUGAACUCCACAAGCGAAAGUGGGAAGAGCGGAUGCAGCAUCGACGUGACAAAGAAGUUGAGUACAUGAAGUCUCGUGAAAAACGUGUUGAGGAUUACGAGAACCAGCUUCAACACUUACGUGUCCAGGAUUCUGAGGAAUAUAACAUGGUCAAGAUUAGGCUAGAGACAGAUGUUCAGCUGUUGGAGCAGCAACUACAGCAGAUGAGAGCCACGUAUCAGCUCAACCAGGAGAAACUAGAGUAUAACUUCCAGGUGCUGAAGAAACGUGACGACGAAAACACCAUCACCAAGUCUCAACAGAAAAGGAAAAUCACAAGGCUUCAAGACGUCCUGAACGGUCUGCGGAUCAAGUGUGCGAAGCAGGAGAAACAGUACAGGGAUGAGAACUCGCAGCUUAACGAUGACUACAAGAAAAUCAUGGAGCAGUUUAAAGAUUUACAGAAGAAAAAUAGACACUUCACCCAGGCAGAUGCCAACAAGUUUAACGAUGUGUGGUGUAUGAAUGAGGAAGAGUUGAAGGACUUCGUAAGCAAUGUGCUCGAGGCUGAUCGCAUCAUCAGCACGCAGCAGAUGGGGCUUGACUGGGCACCAUCUGACCUGUCGUUCAUGGAGAAUAUUGGGCCACUGAUGGAGGAGGAGUCAAAGAUGUCGGGUGUGACAGCAAAGCAGGUCGUACAGGAAGUGCUCUCCGCUACGGGAGACAGGCAGACAGCUGGAAGUCAGGCCCAAGAUGAAGACCAGCAGUCAGAAAUGAGCGACGAUAUUCCCGCCGACAGGAAACCAAAGAAAUCGAGCAUACUUGACAAAAUUUCAGCUCAGACCAUAAAACAGAUCCUCGAGUUGCUGUGUGAUGAAUCGGGUUUCCUUGUGGAACAGAAGCUCAACACACUUCUGGCACCACUGGAGAAGGACGAGCAAUCACUCAUGAAACUUGAUGCCAUCUUCAGUGCCCUUAACAUCGACACUGAAGAGGACAUCCACCUCCUGGCCAGUUACUUCAUGCAGCUUAAGGGGAAACCAGGACAGGCAGAGGUUGAGGAGAAGAAAGAAGAUGAGGAAUCAAAGACGUUUUACUCAGAGAGUGAGAUGGCUGACGACCUCGAUGCCGAGAUCUACAAACUGACUGGCAAAGAAGGAGACGCGGUGUCAACAAAGAGCGAAACAGUGGAGCUUAUAAACCCGAACGAGGUUCUAAAGGCACUCCGACUGUUUGUGGACCAGCACAGGAAGCCACAGAGAGAGAAAGGGAAGGCUUCUCAAUUCAAGAUCAAGUCUCUGGGUGAUCGAGAUGACACAGGUGACUCGGAAUACUGGGCGAAGUACGCUCAGGUGAUUGAUAAGAAGAAGGAGCGCCUCUGGGAUGCUCUACUUGAGGGACUGGAAAAAUACAGUGAUACCCUGGGCUCAAGAGCUGGACUUAUUAACGAAACUGAUGCGCUAAGACAACAGAACGCCGAGCUCCGAAUGUUGCUUCAUCAGUAUGUCAACUCCAAGGUGAAUGCGGAGCUAGAGGUGCCGCCGACCCGUGUUCUGCAGCUUGAGAUGAACCCUCCCCGUUGAUGGCCCCCAUCAUCCCGCUUAGACAACACAUAUUUUACACCUAAUACCCUGUGCGGGGCCUCUCACCUAAAUAAUGUGACUCUUGUGCAAUUUUAACUACUAGUUUUUUUCUUUUUCAUUUAUCAAAAAUGUGAAAAAAUAAACUGAAUUUUGAAAUGAAAUGGUCUGAUUUUGAAAUAUUAGUAACAGUGUUUGCUUUAUAUAUUAUUUGUACAAAAUGGCUACAAAUUUCAUACAUAAAUUUAGCAAAGAUAAAGUCAAUUAACAAAUGGCUUUUUGUUCAGAACUUUGUUAUAGUUAACAUCGUUGCUAACAUCAUCAUUGUUAACUUUCAAAUCGUUGCUGCUCUGGAAGUUUAAUGGAUACACAUGUGAUCUGCAAUAACACUUACAAGAUUUAAGACAGCUGUUUCAACUUUACUUGUAUAACUCAAAUAUAUGAUGAAAUAGCACAUCAUAAAAUAUAUUACUAAUCUAUUAAGUUAACAUGAUACCGCUAUCGAUGUUGUUAACUUUUACAGUUCUGAGCAAUCUGCCAUAUUACAAUUUAAAGUCUAUACCUGUACAUUCAUUUAAUGACAUAUUUUUCUGCCAUAGUUGUAAGAAAAUGGAAAUGAUAAAACUUAAAUCAACAAGUCAAGUAGCCUAAAAUGAAGUUUUAAUUAAUUCACAUAAAAUAGGAUACUGUACGGACGUUUAUAAUGUUUCAAAAUUUUUGAAGAAAAUUAAACUGCCCUCUUUGAACUUAGGACUUUAAUGAAAUGUUCAAUAAAAUCUGGUUUGAAAUAGAAAAAAAAACAUUAUAAAAAGAUACUUCUUUAUUUUAAACACUAAUAAACAUGUUGACUUGUUCAAGGGCAGUGGUUUUAAGAAUAAUUAAUGACCUUGUCUUCAUGUCUCGUUAAGCUUGUUUGUAAAUUUAGUUGUGUUCACCACAAAUUUAUCUUAAGAUUGUAUAUCUUUUCUGUGGUUUUGUAACAUCGAAAUAUAGUUGAAGUACUUUAAUGAAUGACUGUUUGUUUAAUUUUGCGAGUGUGGUAUUUAUUUAUGGAUAUGUGUUUUAUUAAAUUUUACUGUCAGAACAUUUUCAAAAUUAUGAACACUUAGCAAGAUUUCAAUGGAAUUUUUUAGUGGUAUCACGUCUUGUAUUAUGAUAUAUUUGAUAGUUUAUAAGUUUAUACUAAAACUUGUGCAUUAAUAUUUCUGUACAAUGCUAAGAACAUAAUAUGGACAGAUUUAGUUGUUUUUCUAUGAACUAAAUAACCUCUUGUUACAUUUUUUGUGACAAUGCUUUCUUUGUUCAAUACACCAACAUGUAUGCUCACAAUUUGACUGUGACUGUAGCCAGAGAAAAUCUUUUGUGUUUUCUCUCUAAAGAUCCUCUUAUCCGUUGACAUUUUAUCUGCAUUUUGCGUCUAAUUAAAGAUGCACUUUAACUCCCCAAUAAGAUUUACCACAAUUAAUACAAUUGUUUUAAAUACCAAAAAGAAAGAAUAAAUUUCGAAAACAUUAGUUCUUAUGAAGGCUACCAAGACGAUAGUAGAUCACAGUAAAUCUUUAAACACUCACCAAUCAUUUAAUAUUUUUGCAUUUUCAGAUAUUAAGUACACUGUUACAAUCUUGUUAUCAGUAAUUAAUAUUUUCUUUAAAUGCAUUAUUUAGUAAGUUGUUAAAGGAUUAUCACUCAAAAUGGAUCUUUGUUAUACAUGUGUAUGUGUUGAUUUUGAAUAAGAGUGUCACUUUAAUUUGUGAUUGACAGUAGACACAUUAUUUCUGUGAGGGGCCGGUGUUUUAUAUGUUUCGCCCAAGUGGGAUGAUUAUAAAGUAGGAGAGAGAGAGAAAGAGAAAGAGAGACCAACAGAGGCUGUAUUCUAUAACCACCUUAGAUUGAGCUUAAUUUUAAGAGAGAGAAUCUGAGUGUUUUGAUUGGCUGUAAAAUCAAUUGCCAAAUGAUUGAAUGAAAUCAAUGAAGCAUGUCUAAGGAUGAGUAUAAGAACUAUAUUGAAUACAUGACCCAAGAAUUUCAUGAUGAUGAUGAUAAUAAAUUAAUUUAAAGUAAAAAGUUCAUCUGCUGCCAAUAGUAUAAAAUUGGUUACAUUUUUGGUUAAGUCAAAAUUAUUACAGAUGUUUAUUGAUUGGUCAAUAUUUAUCCAAUAAUAACCAUGAACCAAUGAAAGCAUUUCAAUGAGAAGAACUAGAUAAAAGUUAACCUGUAGACAAUUCAUCAAUGUUCUAUAGAAUAAGUUGUGCUUAUUCAUAAUUAUUUGAUAUACAAGGUUCUGUGAUAUACCAAUGAAUAAUGUGCAUUUAAGGGUUUUAUAUUUAAAAAAUUAUGCUUUCGUUUGUUGCUGUUUUAGGACUAUUAAAAAGAUCUUUGAAAAAGAGGGAAAAAAUGAUGAAUUAUUUCCUUCAAAAAUACUUGUGAAAAAUAAACGUGUAAAGGUU